AGAAGAAGUUGCCAGCAUGGCGUUUACAUUGUACACUCUCCUCCAGACUGCCAUCCUUUGCACUAAUGCAGUCGCUGUACUGCAUGAAGAGAGGUUUCUCAGUAAGAUGGGCUGGGGUGUUGAGCAUGGAGUUGGAGGUUUUGGAGAUGAUCCAGGAGUCAAAGCCCAGGUCCUCAACCUCAUCCGCUCUGUCCGGACUAUCAUGAGAGUGCCUUUAAUAAUAGUGAACACAGCCUCCAUCGUGCUGCUGUUGCUGUUUGGUUGAUGGCCAGCCGGCAGUUCACCAAGUGCCAAAAUGAAGCCAGAGGAUCAGACACAUGUGGCAAGGAACAACUACACAC